AGUGAGCAGCACGUGUUGUAGCAAUCAGCUGUUUUCAUACAAGCUGCGAAGCUUGGCUGAUUUUUAUUAAGUUUAAUUGAAAAUGUCGUCCAACAAGCGCAAGAAUCUUAACCAAAUGGAAGUAGAUGCUAAUAAUGACGAGUCUAGCUCUAGUGACGAUGAUGAUGACGAUGAACCGCACCCAGAUGCCUACAGGGGCAACGAGGAAGUGCAAGUGGACUUUGAGGGCCGUGCACCGGUAGAUCCGGAUGCUCAGGGCAUUUCACAACUGCUACAGCGACUCUUUCUGCGCGCUCAUAUUAACUGCAAUCAAAUGGCAGAUCUGCUUAUAGCCCAGAACUAUGUCGGCAGCGUGAUAUGCCAGUGCGAGGACGAUGCUGAAAGCGAAACAGAUGAUGAUAAUAUGGCGGAGGAUGGCACCGUUUUUGGUAUAACAUCAGUACUGAAUCUAUCGACUAAAAAGGAUCAGCCCAGCAUUAGCCAACUGCGUACGUUUUUGUUGGAACGCGCCCAGUCAAAUGCCACAAAGGAAGUGCAGCAACGAAUGCGUGAUCUUCUAGACAACGAGGAGCAUCACAUAGGCUUCCUAAUCAACGAGCGUUUCAUAAAUAUACCAGCGCAAAUAUCUGUGCCUUUGCUACAAAAUCUGCAGCAGGAAAUAGAUGCUGCCAAGGCCAAGAAAAUGAAGUUUACCUUCGAUACGCUGCUGCUCUUAGUAAAGUUUCAUCGCACGGAGGCUAAGAAGGGCAAAGAGUCAGAGGACCACUACACAAACGCGGAGGAUGAGCUUCUGUCAGAGCGCGCCAAAUUUAGCUUCGAGUAUUCGGUUGCCUCGGAAUGCGAUUCAGGUAUGGCUGGGGAUUGGCUUGAGGGCGAUGCUGUUAUGACGCCCUAUAGAAAGCUAUUGGCACUCGAUGCCAAACAGCUGCCAAAGCUAAUUAACGAUAUACAAAAGUAUAUAAACGGAGAAUAAAUAAAUGAAAAAAAACCUUUUUGCAGUAAAACGUUGGCAAACACUUGUGUCUGAAUAUGUGAAAUAGUUAAGCUAAAGCUAAUAAAGAC